AUGUCGUCCACAGCUACGACGAUCAGCUCUCCGCCCUCCUCCGCACAAAUGGGAGGAAGCAUGGAACCGAAAGAUGCCCAUAUCAAUAUAGAGAGCGCCCAGUCAACCCCCGUUCGUCGAACUUCGCCUCACCAAAAUGGGACACGCCGUCCUCCGUUGCACCAUCACAACACGGCCGAUGAGUACUUCGUUGGCCCCGCAGACCUCGAGCGCUUCACCAAGCUCCCUGAUUUCCUUCGGAUGCAUGGAAGCAUCACCCCUCGCAUGAUUUUACCGCUAACAUUCGUCGGAAUCUGGUCGACUUUAAUCACCUUGAUCUCACAUCUCUGGUUUCCACUAGUCGUCAACUCGCUCCUCCUCACAGUCCUUGGUUUCGUAGUCGGUCUUGGAAUCUCUUUUCGAACAUCAUCUGCAUACGAGCGCUAUGUCGAUGGCAGACGCUUCUGGGCUCAAUUAAGCCAAAGCUCCCGAGAUCUGGCCCGACAUAUCUGGAUCCACGCCGACGAGCGUCACGAGAAGACCCCAGAGGCCGGGAAAACUGAUCUCCUUGCCAAGAUCUCCGCGCUCAACCUCAUUGUUGCCUUCGCCAUAGCUCUUAAGCACAAACUCCGUUUUGAACCCUAUACAAAUCAUGAGGACCUCGCUCCACUAAUCUCUCAUCUUGAUACCUUCGCCGGCGAAGCCACAAAUAUCACGCCCCCUCCCCCUCCCAACCCCAUCUCCCGCUGGAAACGCGGGGGUGAAUACCUCGGUCUCUCCUUCGCAGAAUCCAACCCCCGCAAACAAAUGAAGCGUGCCCGCCGCAACAUGGGCAAUCUUCCCCUUGAGAUCCUAACAUACCUGUCCGCCUACACCUCCUCGAUCGUCAAGAACGGUACUCUCGACGCCGGCGUGCCGCAAGCCCAAGUCCUCGGAAAUCUCGCUUCUUUGAAUGAGGUCUUAGCUGGAACGGAGAGGGUCCUGAACACACCUCUUCCCGUCGCCUACUCCAUCGCCAUCUCCCAAAUCACAUGGGUGUACGUCUUGAUGCUACCAUUUCAGCUCUGGGAUGCCCUCCGCUGGAUCACGAUCCCCGGCACUAUCAUUGGCGCAUACAUCAUCCUCGGCAUUUCUGCAAUCGGGAGAGAGAUCGAAAAUCCCUUCGGUCAUGAUGUAAAUGACCUCCCACUCGAGAACUUCUGCAAGGGGCUGGCAGAUGAGGUCAAUGUGAUUAUGGCACGGCCUAGACCGACAGCCGAGAGUUUUGGGAAAGGCGUGGGGGAGAUAAGGGAGAGUCUGAGACGGAAGGCGGAGAGGGCGAGUGCUGGGGAUGGGAAUGAGAGGGUGCAUGAAAGGGUGGUGGAGAAGGUCAUGAGACAUGUGCCCGUUUGA